GAGACAUCCAAGCCCCAUUUUACCAACGAACCUCCGAAAAGGCCCAUCCCCCAUCGAACAACCACUGUUACAGACUACAAACGAUUAAAUCUCUUCCUACAACACAGACAGUCCUACAUAUUGCAUCGCCAAUACUUCAUCGAAAUAUGCGACAGUGUUAUACUCUGUGAAAGGCACGAAAGAAGGGCCUCAUUGUUUCUAUAAUUGUACCCGCGACCCUGCCGGCUGUACGUACUACUGCGACUACUGCGACGAGACCGAAAGUGGCGAUUUGAAGCCUGGCUGUGCUGGUGCUGCGGUCCACCUCCCACCUCACCUCCACCCUCCACGCGAUAUCACGACUCACACCCUGCGCAAACCCCGAACGAAACGACAUCACAUCAAUCAUCAACGACUACAACACAUCUCUCAUUAAACCGACGAACACGAAUACACAACCACCAUCACCGUCACCAUAGGGAAACACCACCAGCCACGACACGACGACGACGACAACAGCAGCAGCAAGCACCACCAAACCGGCUCGGUCGAGUCCGCGGCAACCCUCCACAUCAGCCUUUACCUCAUGGCGGACUCGAAUGGGCCUCCGCGCCCGCCGCAGGAGUUCGACGAGGCAUGGGCCAAAGACCUGCGCGUGCAGUUCGAGCAGCUGCUGCGCACGAAGCGGUUAAACGAGCUCGAUCGCUCGCGGUCGCGCAAUGGUUCCCCGUCGCCGAGGGAGCGAGCGUCGUCAUCGGAUUUGCGCGGGGAUGUAGGGUCGAGCUCGAGGCCGAUGAGGCCGACGACUUCGAGUUCCGCGGCGACGGGACAGACGCCGCCGAGUUACUCGUCGUUGAGGAGGCUGCCGAAAUUGCCGUCGCCGCCGAAUGAUUCGCAGAGUCAGAAGUUUAGGAAUUUGUUGCUUACGCUGUCGGCGAUGCCGACGAACUACGAGAAUCCGGGGUUGUUGGAUGAGGCGUUGCUGGCGCUGCCGUUGGAUAGGAUAUACGGCGAGGCACAGGAGGAGAGCGAAGUGCUGCAGGCUCAGGCGGAGAGUAUGGGCGAUGGGAGGAAGCCAGAGUGGGGGUAUCAGGAUUGCGUCAUCCGCGCAUUAUUAAGAUGGUUCAAACGCUCCUUCUUCACCUGGGUCAACAACCCCGCCUGCCCCGUCUGCAUGUCCCCCACCGUCGCCCAAGGCAUGGCACGCCCCACCCCCGACGAAGCCGCCUGCGGCGCCCUCCGCGUAGAACUCUACCGCUGCUCCGCCGGCGACUGCGGCGCCUACGAGCGCUUCCCCCGCUACAGCGACGUGUGGCGCCUCAUGCAAACCCGACGCGGCCGCUGCGGCGAGUGGGCCAACUGCUUCAGCAUGCUCUGUCGUGCGGUCGGUGGCCGGGUACGCUGGGUCUGGAAUGCCGAGGAUCAUGUGUGGACGGAGGUGUACUCGGAGAUGCAGAAGAGAUGGGUGCAUGUUGAUGCGUGUGAGGAGUCGUGGGAUAAUCCUAGGCUAUACACUGAUGGCUGGGGGAAGAAGAUCUCGUAUUGUAUCGGCUUCUCUGCUGAUGGCGUCACGGAUGUCACGCGCAGAUAUGUCCGCAAGGCAGAUCACGCGGAACACCGCAAUCGCUGCCCCGAAGAGGUCCUCCUCUACAUCCUCAACGAGAUCCGCACCCUCCGCCGCGCCAACCUACCGAAGGAAGAGCGCUUCCGCCUCGAGAAGGAGGAUAGUCGCGAGGACCGCGAAUUGCGCGGGUACGUGGUAUCUUCCAUCGCGCAGUCCGUCCGCGUCAAUGUCCCGGAUAUGGUAGCGGAGCCAACGAUGACGUCGAAUCAACCCCCGCCACCGCCACCGCCGCCGAACUCAACGUCGAGGAGCACGAGCGAUGACCAGAAACUGCCUGCUGAGCAGCCGGCGGGGAGGCAGAGUGGGAAUGAGGAGUGGACGCGCGCGAGGGGGGAGGCGGGGCCGAGGAAUAAUAACUUACCCCGUGAUCCUACUUACUGAAGUACUCGGCUUUGGGGUUCGACUACUCUGGUGGUAUCUACACUGGUGGUAAAGCCUCACACCAAUAACAUUGGGGUACGCAGCUACACCUGGAGGUAAACACGACGCGCCUACCAGGUUGGCAAUACCACCGCACACUAGAGGCGUGGUGUGCGUAAUGAAGAAGCCGUUCACAACACGACGGCGCUCCACCUGUCGCCGCCACGAACACACACAAUGGGGAGGAACACAUCACAUCACGACACAAGCUGUAUAUAGCUAGCGCCUAGCGAAGCCAGUCACCGGCGUCCCGUUUCGUCACAUUUCGUUUCGUCACAUCAGCAUAGCAUGCAGAUCGUCCGGGGUCAAGUCAUCGGCCAUCGAGUCGAUCAGUCAACGGGGAGGGUCGUGGAAGGGCAAGGCGUUUAUUUUGGGAAACACACAUAUAUUUAUUAUUAUUAUCUAGGGCUUUUGGGCUUUGGGGGGAUUUUUGGGUGGGACGGUCUUGAUCACAUUCGACGAUAUCCGGUUUUUUGUCAUCUGGGAGAGGCAUUUAGGGA